CCCUUGGUAACGCGUAUGUAGGGCCUAUAGACCCACCCAUUAUGACAGAUCUUAAGGAUCGUUCCGUGCUUUGAUUGGUCGGUGCAACUGUUCGUUUGUUUGUUAGCUUGACCGUGUUUAGCUGAUUACAUUAUCCGAAGAGAUUCAACUUGCAGACAUACACACACAACGAAGUAGAAUUAGGCGGACGUUAGCUCACUUGGCUGCUAACCUAGCCAACUUUUAAAACAGACUUGUAACAGCAUAUCAUAUAUUUUUGUACCAAAGACUGAGAGCAGAUUUAGGAAAUGUCUUCAGACGAAGACAGAGCCAAGGAAAUUCUGAAGGGCUUCAAAUUGUAUCCUUUUACUCUUUGUUUAAGUACGGUGCUGAACGAAACUGGAUGAACCUUCGUGACGCAGAGACGGGCAAAGUGCUCUGGCAGGGUACGGAAGACCUCUCUGUACCAGGAGUAGAACAUGAAGCUCGUGUCCCAAAGAAGAUCCUGAAAUGUAAAGCUGUGUCCAGAGAGCUGAAUUUCUCCUCAUCAGAGAAACUUGAAAAGUUCAGGCUAGAGCAGAAGGUUUUCUUCAAAGGACAGUGUCUAGAAGAGUGGUUCUUUGACUUUGGCUUUGUCAUUCCCAACUCCACCAACACAUGGCAGAGUCUGAUAGAGGCGGCUCCAGAGUCCCAGAUGCUGCCGGCCCAUGUUUUAACUGGUAAUGUGAUCAUAGAGACUAAGUUCUACGACGAUGACCUGCAUGUCAGCACCUCCAGAGUUCAGCUCUUCUACGUCUGACCUCCAACUCAUCACUCUUUUUCCAUAAACUCCACAGUUAGCUAUUGGCAGCAGUAAACUGGUCACUGAUCUGGGAUCAGCAACGUUCCCAAAGCCACAACCAUGAGCUCUGAGUUUGUCCUGAAUAUUCUUUACCUCCAACCCUUUUAACCCUCCCUCAUUUCAUUUUACUCAGAAGCAGAAAAUCACACGUCUUUGACUAUCUUAGACUCAGAUACAGAAACACUGCUUUUAUCUUCAUGACACACAAGCAAAUAACUUGUCCUACAGUAGCUGUGUCGCCAUCUAGAGGUGAAGUCCCCAUUUCCUCAUGGGUACAUAUGUGACUGUCUCCUUUCAAGCACCUAAUAAAAUUCAGCCUCAUUUUGUAUAUAUUUAUAAGCAUCUGUGAAUCCAGUCUGUCUGUACUGAUCAGUUUGUAGAAAGAUUUUAAAGUCAGGCUGCAGUUUCACUCCACUACGAUUCGCUUUAGCAUUUUACUUCCUGUCUCAUCUAGAUUCAUGCAUGUAAUUGAUUUAAUUAGCUGCUGCCCGAGGUUGUAACAUAGACUUGUUUUAAUAUGACACAAUGGAGGCGUGAUUAAAGUCAUGCACUGUUGUAAUAAUG